AUGAAAACUUGGACGCGUCUUGUGUCGUCGCUCACUUCGCUGUCACCAUGUCUGCGCUGUUAGGUCGCGCUUUUCUUCAGGCUCGGUUCCGGUUUCGCCCUGUCGUGUGUUCAGUGACCCGGGCUUUCGUCUCCUCCAGUGAUGCUCCGGACCACGUGGUCACCUACUCCCAGAUGAAAAAAAUGUUGGCCACUCGGAACAUUCAGCUUCUGGAUGUGAGAAAUCCGGAUGAGUUCCAAGCAGGGAAAAUUCCGCAUGCAGUCAACGUCCCAUUGGACAGCUUGGAGGAGAGCCUGCAGCUGUCCCCAGAACAGUUCCUUCAAAGGUUCGGCGUGAGGGCUCCACUCAGAGGCGACGACAACUUGGUGUUUCAGUGCAGGAGUGGGAGGAGAAGCCUAGAGGCCCUGGAUAUCGCUCGUCACUUGGGAUUCAGCAAAGCGAGGCACUACGAAGGAGGCUACAAGGAGUGGGUGGAGCUGGAUGGUGAAUGAUUGACACUAAAUGUCCCUUGGAGAGGGAAAAAAACACUACUCUUAAGUAGUGUUAGAAUUAACAUGUAUAAUUUAAUCUAAAUAAAAUAAAUGAUUACUAAAAUAAUUUCUCAAAUACAUACUUACCAACUAGAAAUAGAACAUUUUAAGCGUGAUAGGUGUGUUUUAUUUUAUUUGAUUAAUGACAAUAUUUUGAUGAUGACUUUCAUUACUAUAUUGGAUUUAUUUCUAUUCAGGUUGCAGAAAUAAUAAUACAAUAGUAGAAUAUAGAGCAACCAAAAAGAACAGUAUGAUAAUUUGACAGAUAUAAUUUAUUGGCAAAUGUUGUAGCCUAUUUAUGUUAUUAAUUAUACGAAACAACUAUAUGCAAAACAAUAAAUGCUGAUGCUGGCGUUGCUGUAAAUAAAAAUAAAUAAAAUAACAGAACCUGAAAAAGAUAUCAUUUUUCUAUUGUGGUUUGCGUGUUUAUGACAUUGGUACGACAGCAAAACAGCACAAAAACAGAUGAAUGUUUUCAUUAACGUUUUCUGAAAAUGUUGAUGGCUGACCAGGGAACAGAUGAAUCACUUUUGUUAGUGUUCCAAUUCCUUUUUUUUUUUUCUUCAUUCACUGUUUUGGAACGCUACUGCCACCCACUGUCCAAAUCGGUUGAUUUGAAUUUGACUUCAAAUUAAACCAGUGAUGUUUCAAUCCAAACGUGUGGGCUAUACUACUAGGUUAAAAAAAAUCUUUCUUCUGCGUUUUCUGAUUAAAUGCAUAUCAUAUAUGUCCAAUUUCUGUCAUUCCAUCAUCCUUUUAUUCCUGAAACAAAGACAAGAAAAGAUGCUGAUGGGAAUUUGAAUGACACACAAAGUUAUUUGUUCAUCAUAAAUAACAUAAAUUAGUUCCAGCAAGUUUAUGUAAGGCCAUUGGUCGCAUGAGGUUGGCUGUGUUUGUUCAUUUAUUUAAGAAAUAAAUAAAUAAAUAAAAAUGACAAAUUAACUUAUUACUUAUUUACGGUUGAUACUCAGUAGCUAUGUUGUUGUAUAGAGUGAACUUAUGGAGUAAAAUUUAGACUUAACAAGUCACUAAUAUGUACUUUAUUAUGAUUAUUUAUUGGCUAAUAUACUGUGAAUACGUACGUGAAUAAGUAGUUUAUUUAAGGUAAUAAAUGUUCCCUAAUCUGAAAUGUGACUUUAUUGUUUUAGUCUUGCGGCGUCCCCAGAACAAUGAUUCCUACUCCUGUAC